GACUGAAGUAUUCCCUGGGUUCACCCAUAUCCUACCGAGAAAUAAGACUAUUCGUGCUUUACAUAACUGUUGGAUCAGCACUUUGAUUGAUUUGAUUUUCGGCUUUGUAACGCUUUGUUAAAUUGAACCAGUUAGUGUGUGAAGUUGAACCACACAAAAGAGCUCUGCCUGGAGAGGCGCGGUAGUUAGACCACAUUUGGAGACGAUUGCGCGCAAUGGUGAUAGAAUACGCGCAGCUUUACGCGCUGACCUAAACCUGUUUACCUGUCAUUAGAACAAGAAGGCCUAACCCCAGCCAUGUUUCCUUUACCGAUGUUCACACCUGAGCAGGUCGCUCUUGUGUGUGAGAAUCUGGAGGACACAGGAGAUAUCGAGCGCUUGGGGCGCUUCCUAUGGUCGCUCCCCGCGGCAGUUCCCGGUUCGGCAGGUGAACUUCUUAACCGCCACGAGUCGGUGAUGCGAGCCCGAGCACUCGUCGCUUUUCAUGGAGGGAAUUUUGAAGCUCUCUACCAGAUCCUGCAGAGUCACCGUUUUACGCGCGAGUCCCACGCCAAACUGCAAGACCUGUGGCUGGACGCACACUACCGCGAGGCGGAGCGCCUUAGAGGAAGGCCACUCGGCCCGGUGGAGAAGUACCGCAUCCGUAAGAAGUUUCCUCUUCCCCGAACCAUCUGGGAUGGCGAGCAGAAGACGCAUUGCUUUAAGGAAAGAACCCGCAGUCUCCUGAGGGAAUGGUAUCUGCAGGAUCCCUAUCCAAACCCAUCCAGAAAACGGCAUCUGGCUCAGGCUACAGGCCUCACGCCCACUCAGGUGGGCAACUGGUUCAAAAACAGAAGGCAGCGGGACAGAGCAGCAUCUGCUAAAAACAGACUGCAGCAGGACUCCUCCCUCCUUCCCUCAGGUAGCUCUCCAGAAUGUUCCUCCUCAGAGCACAACUCCCACCUCCAGGGUUCCUCUCCACAUCAUCCGGGCAGCCCAGACAACAGCGACUGCAGCUCGGGUACAGGGCCGAGGGGCACCGGGGCCUCCACGCCAGACAUAUCAGUGAGCAGCGACAGCGAGUUUGAGUCCUGAAGAACAUUUUAACCAUCCUCCAAAUUAGCAAAACCAACGAAAAGACAAAGAAUUUAUAGACACUGUCUAAAGAAUUUUUAAGGCGCCUGGAGAUGAGAACAUGGAGGAGAGUGAACUGCUACACAGUUACAGAAUGUGAAAGCUUUAACAGUAGAUGCACUUAAAGGAUUGGCCGGCCACACGAGUGAGCAAGGAGGAUUUUUCCUUUGAUUUUCUGAAAGAGAAAUAUUCUGAUUUGUCAAAACAGGUAGAUUAGGUUCUGGCCAUUCUGAGGGAGAGGUAUAGAGAGUUUUAUCAGAAGUAAAUGCUUUUUUAAUGCUUUAUGGUUUGUUUGUUCCCUACCAAAGCAGGACUGGAAUUUUAGGGCUGAAGACUGAACUGUGCACUUGAAAUUGAACAGGCUUCCAAAGGACCUCUUGAAAAGCAUGUGCCAAAUAAAUAUUUUCAGGUUUAUUGGCUUUCUCGUUUAAAAAAACAAUUCAUGAUUUUUGAAAAACAAUGCUCAGGUGGCACAGAAAUGACAUAUUUCACAUGAGGACAUCUCUUGAUGGAGGGAGCUGUAUUCCAGCUCUAGGCCUUUAUAGCACUAUAGACAUCAUAUUAAGUUGGUUCAUAUGCACAUAAUUAUAAUGAAAAACUUGCAUGUUAUGGAAAAUGGAAGAAACUCCUUGCUGUACGAUUUUGUGUGAACUGGGGUCUAUUGACUGUUUUUAAAGAAGAAUGUUGACAACAUACAUGAACUGACAAUUUAGAGGUGUUAUGGGAUAGUAAAUCGAUGCUGCUUUAACUUGCAACACUGCAGGACACCAUCUUCGAUUUAUCCUAUGCAAAGAUUUCUUUACAUACCAGCAAAUCGAGUUUAUGUGCCUAUACACUUUGAGAAUGAUGUCAAACUGUUAAAUGACUGUCUAUCAUUUGUUUUCAUGCCCAUACUCACUGAAGUUGUGGGAAAAGCGGAAUUGUUUUGUUUAAUUGGUCUGUUGUUUGCCAUUUUAAAAUAAAUACAAUUAUUUUUGAAGCAAACAAGGUAUUUUGACUAACUUAAAUUGCAAGAAAAUUGAGAAAUUAUUAAAUACGCUUAACAUUUUUUUUGUAAUGAUUGUAAGACUUUUCUUAAAAAAUGAUAUUUGACUGGUGCUUGAUGUUUCUUUGUCUAGCACAUUUUUAAAGCCGAAAUGAAAAGAAAUGGUCACUAUUUAAACCAUGCGUAAUUUUCUCUCACUGAGAAAACC